AUGGUGGUUCUCUUUCUCUUAGCAGCUUUGCUGCAAGACAGGAUUGUCAGGGCUGAUGGGGGUUUGGGGAACCCUGUAAGGGGCAUCGAGGGUUUCCCCAUUUGUGUUGUGGCAAAGGGGCAGCGGCUCUACGCCGUCAGUUAUCCUCAAGCGGAUAAUGUGGCACUUAAGGAAGAGCCAGUCUCAAGUACCUUGUACGGAGCCAGGUUUCUGACAGGUGAGGUUGGAGGAUCGGUCACCCAUCAGUGCUUCUACUCCAUCAUGCCAGCCAACAAACACGACCGAAAAUACUGGUGCAAAAUAGCAGGAAGCGGAGUUUGCUACACCAUCAUUUCUACAACCGGCUACACCUCAAAAGACCACGCAGGGCGAGUGUCCCUCGAGGACAUCCCCCAGAAUGGCACCUUCAUGGUGACAAUGACAGAGCUGAAGAAGAGCGACACGGGGACCUACCGAUGUGGCAUCGGCACCACCAACAGAGACCUGUAUGUCAGCCUGAACCUGACGGUUUUGGCAGAUGCCGGUGCGCUGAGACUGACCGAACUCAUCCAGGGGGAGCUCCGUGGCUCUGUCACGGUCCUGUGCCCACCCGGGGACACCCAAGGUGGUGAGAAGAGGUUCUGGUGCAAACUGGGGAGGACGAGCUGCGCUCUCAUCGCCGACACCAAUGGCUACGUGGGAAAGAGACCAAAAUUUCUGAGCGGCACAGUCGGAGGCUCGCUGUCCUUGAAGUGCCACUAUGAUCCCAAGGGGAACUAUGAGAAGAAGUAUUUGUGCAGGUGGAAGGAAGCUAGCUGCUCACUGCUCGUGGACGUGGAUGGGUUCGUGCACGAGUCCUACAAAGGGCGAAUACAAAUAGCCAGCAACGACCAGGAAAAUGGGAUUUACACAGUGGUGAUGAGCCACCUGAGAGAGGAGGAUGCAGGAUGGUACUGGUGCGGGGCUAAAAACAGGCACACAGAGCACACGUCCUCUGUGAAGCUGCGCAUCCAGAAGGCCACCUACAGCACGCCCACGCAGAGGAGCAUCACGGGUCUGAUGUACGUGAUGGGCACCGUCACCAAGAGCACCAGCACCCUGCUGCCCACUGCCCCCCCCAGCACCUUUGUAACCUCCGCAAGCGAAAUCUAUCGCAAGAGACAGCAAAUCCAGCAGCAAGUGUUCUUUGAAAGCAAGAAGGAACUAGAGCUCUUUUACCAACAGCUUGAUGAAAUUCUCCUCCAGCAUCUCAAACAGCGCUUGCUCAUUGCAGAGUGA